UUGAAGGAUGUGGAAGUUUGCUCCAAAGCAGGAUGUGUUCGUGGAAAAACUGAACCUGGUCGAAAAAAUCCAUAUGAAGCUUUCUAUGGUAUCCCGUAUGCAGAAUCUCCAGUAGGAAAGUUAAGAUUCGAAAAUCCUUUACCCCAUAGAGGAUGGGAAGGAUACUGGGAUGCUACAUAUCCCAGAAGUGACUGUACACAACGCAAUGUAUAUGUUUUUACCAGACCAAUUCUAGGCUCAGAAGAUUGCCUCUAUCUCAAUGUCUACCGUCCUAAAUACCAGAAAGAUAAACUAAAUUAUCCAGUUAUUGUUUUUAUCCAUGGAGGAGGUCUCACAUCAUUUUCCUCUAGUCCUGAUUACUUCAGUCCGGAAUAUUUUAUGGACAACGGAGAGGUGAUUCUGGUGACACUCAAUUACAGAUUAGGAACAUUUGGGUUUCUUUGCUCCGGUGAUGAAGCAGUUAAGGGAAAUUUUGGAUUAAAGGAUCAACAGUUAGCACUGAAAUGGGUAGCAUCCAAUAUAGAAGCCUUUGGUGGUGAUCCUAAUUCGGUUACACUCCUUGGGAAGACAGCUGGGGCACUUUCAGCACAUUAUCACAUGAUGAAUUCAGUGUCUUCAGCUCUUUUCCAUCGUAUAAUUUUAAUGAGUGGUACUGCUAUAUCACCUUUCGCGUUUUCAUACGAUUGGAAGUUGAGAUAUCGUUUGAGCGCUAAAUAUAGUGGACUAGAAGGAUGGGAUACUGCUUCUACUUAUGAGCUGGCAAAUCAGUUGAAGUCGUUAGAUCCAAUUAGGCUAGUUUUAACCAUGGAUCUCUUGUACACCAUGGUACUAACACCUCUGACACCACUGCGUCCUUGCAUUGAAGGUGACUGGGAGGGUGCCUUCCUAAGGGAUGAUCCCAGAAAAAUUUGGGCUGAAGGAAGAUUUAACCAAAAGCCUAUUUUUAUUGGCACAACGACUGAUCAAGGAACAAUUGCAGCAGCUAUAACAAUUAAUCAGACACGUUUGAAUGUAUUUAAUGAGAACAUCCACGAUUUUCUUCCAAUUCAGUUGGACUUUGAUCCUAAGUACGUUAAAGAAGUUUUGGAAUAUUACUUGGGGAAAGACUAUAUUGACAAGUCUAAUUUUGAAGCAUAUUAUAAGAUGUUUGGCGACAGAACAAUGAGAUACCCGUUGAUUAAGUUAGUCAAUCAGUACUUGAGAUAUGCCGAUGUUAAACAGAAUCCGAUUUAUAUUUACGAAUUUGGAUUCAGGAGUCAGUACACCUUUCUCAAAUAUGCUACAGGAGCUAAUAUAAAUUUAGGAGUUAGUCAUUACGAUGAUUACCCUUAUAUAUUUAACAUGCCCUCUUUCUUCCCAUUGUUUCACCCACAUACCCCGGAGGGUUUGAUGGCUGAUACUUUCGUUAAGACUUUGGUCACCUUUGCUGUUCAUGGAGAAGUCAAAGCUUGGGCUCCAUUUGAGCAGUGUACAUCCAAUACAAACAUACCAUUCUGCGAUCGACAGAUAUUUGAAAGGUUCAAUAAAACGGAACCUGAUUCGGUAAUCGUAUCAGUUACCGAUCAAGUAAAUACUGAAAUGGUUAAAUUCUGGAAUCACAUUGACAAAGAAUUUCAAUAAUAUGUAUAGUUAAUGUAAAAUGGUUCUAAAAAAUGUUUUGAAAUACAAAAAGCUUAUA